CAAUUGCGUACCGAUUCCAAGAACAUGCAUGGUUAUAUUAAUCUACUUUUCCAAACCAAGAUGAUUUUGACGGCAUAUCUUCCGCGAUCCCGUCAUAAGGGGCUAUCACUCGGUGGACUCUUCUUGGCAAUGGAGAAUGAUUUUAUAGGCGUUUUUUGGGGGGUUGAGUCCCAGUUGGACUCUAUCGUUGGAUCGUGCCUGUUGAUAAGGUUGGCAUUGAUUUAGCCUUAGCUUUCCUAGAACCCUUACGAUUAUGAAUCCCGGGGCAACUGAAGCGUUGGGAGUUAUCCCAGUGGAGAUUGGGAUACCUAAGGAGACUCCUUUCAUGGCUAGAAAUCUCGCUUGGGAUCUUAAUCUGAGCAAACUGCUAAACCCAGGCUGCGGCCGAGCUGAGCAGGACUUUGAUGAGGCGACCAGACUUGUGGUCCAUAGUCAGUUUUAAGCCUAUCAACAUAGUUUCCGAAGUAAAUUGAGAUUAUUUUUUUUUGGCCAAUCGUUAAUCCGAUUCUAGGAGACUUGGGGAGGGGAUGAGUGUUUACAAGAAUUGAACCCUGCCCAUGUGCAUGGGAAUAUAAGGGUCGAGAGUAGCCAUGGGCGAUCAAGAAGAAGAAGCAGAUCAGAACCAGUUCCACUGUUUACCAGACGACGUUGUACUCCACAUCUUCAACAAGCUCCCCGACGUCACAUGGCUGUGCAGAUGCGUCGUAGUCUCCAAGCAAUUCUCCUCCCUCAUCCCUCGCGUCCAAACAGUCUCCUUACAAUCCACAAACUCGAAUUUUGUUUUCAAUCCCUGCUCCGUUUCCCCCAUUGAGAAAUGGUAUCGCAAACGGAAAUUCUUAGAAUUCUUCCUCAAACCCCAUGGAUACCUCCGGAAUCUCCCCCUCUCUCCUCCUUCGCGACGGCUUUUCCCUGACUUUGCGUUCCACUUGAAACAGAUUCAGUCUCUGAAUAUCGAACUUCCCUUCGAUUUCAUCGGUAACAAUGAUUCUGUUCUCAAAUGGGGUGCCAAAUUCACCACAGAACUCAACAGCUUCACAGUUCUCCAUGCAGCAUCUCCCUCUAGGAUGAUGGAAUCUGAAGAAGAAGAAGACAAUGACGGCGUAGAUGAGAAUGGGAUAACUCGGAGAGAGAUAGACUGCCGAGUAAACCUAGCCGUUGAGUACGUAAGAGACGCAAUGUGGUGGGUGGGAAUCUUGUUUCAUCUUAUCCCGAAAUACCCGAUGCUUCAGAGCAUUAGCAUCACCGAUGCAAAGAACAAGGGGGUGAAGCUCUGUUUGCGUGGUGAAAAGCUUGUGGGGUGCAGGAGUACAUUUAAUAUAAGUUCGAUGAUUUAUUCGAAAACGGCUGGGGGAUCUGUGCCUUUUUUACGGCUGCCAAAUUCUAGGUAUGCGAUGAAAGGGGUGACCACUGCUGACAUGAAAGGCCGUCCAGGAAAAACUGCCGAAUUCAAGGCGUCUGGUGGCGAUGGUUCUGAGACCGAAAGGGUCGAGUUGGAAACAUUUGCGGGAGAGGGAGGUGUUUUUUCGGAAGUCAUGGUGCAGAUUCAGGCAAAGCGUAAGGAAGUUAUCAAUUUAUCGUAA